AUGGGCAAGAAAAGGAAGCGUCCUCAAAAAGCUACUACACCUCAAGAUGUUCCCGUCAAGAAACAGCGAGCAAUCACCGCUGUGACUGUCGAACACCCUGUCUUGUCGAAAUACUAUCGUCGAGUGCUGACACUGAGACGAUAUCUGCUUGAAGAGCUACCAUCAUCGUCAAAAGCGCGACGACGUCGCAUUACUUCCGUGGGAAAACGAGACGAGAUCAAUAAACCAGACGCUAAUGUCUCUACCCUAGCGCCAUCCUCUCAGCAGGUCACUGAUGCUGAAUUCGCUCGAUUUCUGGAUUCUACUCUUGUAGGGAUACUGCACUAUCCCUGUCCCGCGGAACUGAAUGCUCGUCAAAGAGAAUUUGCCCUCUUUUCGCAGUCCGAUGAACGAUCACUUCUUUGCACGGAUACAGGACCAUGUAACCUUCAAUCUGAGGUAGUUGAAUAUGUCAUUUCGCAUUUAUUCAGGCGAAGUAACAAACCUCAGCAUGUUCUGGCCAAUGGGUUCAGUUUUGCGACCCGCAGACAGAUCAUGGAUCAAGGGAUUGGUGCAAUGUCUUUCAAUAUUCCUGGGCUUGUGUCGCAGUUUCACAAUCCACAUGUGACCGCACUCAAGAUGAGUCCUUGGACUGAUGUCCUGAGUCUGCUGGGCGGCAAUGGGGAGGAUAUCAUGAGCAAGCUUCUGAUUGACUGCGGCGUUUUUUCGUGUGUAGACGAAGAAAAAGCCUCUUAUCGGCAGAUAAGUGGUACUUAUCUUUCCGAAUUGGAGACCCUGGAGUUGGAGGAUGCAGCAUGCGAAAACCAAAAGACUGGGACUGUUAAUACUGCAGCUCCUCCGUUGCCAAACAAGCCAACAUAUGUUCUUCAUAAACCGAACAGUAUCAUCUUUGUUCGACGCCGAAUGCUAUAUGCUCGUCCCGCCAUUAAUUCAAAGGGAGAUGUAAGGUUCGGGCUUCGGCAUAUUCAUGUUCUGAAUCGGUUCUCAAACUCAAGUAAUCUUGCAGACACCGUUCAUGUAAUGAAGUACAUAUUUCCAAGACAGUUCGGACUGCAUAAUGUAUUCACAUCUGUAGUCGACUCGCGAGAGACGGUGCAGCCAUUCAAGGAUUACACAUUGAGAGAAGAGGAGAUUGCUCGCUUGAAAGUUGCACAAGGAUCUCGCUAUGCACUAGUGAGACCCAAGAUACCGAAACGGCUACGUGGAGGUCCCCUACAAUUGGUGCAAAAACUGCAGAAACGCAAUCAGACAUGUGCUUAUACAGAAUUGCUGCGACAUUAUUGUCCGAUUUCGGAAACGGGACCGUCUAAAUUUGGUCCAGUACCACCUUCGACGGACGAAAUCGAAUCCCAAGAGCUCGUGACGCAGACCAGCCUACCAAGCCAAUCUCUUCCAAGUCAGUCGGAAGUUGAUGAGCAAUUACCCGAUGCCACGGUUUCAGCUAGGAAGAGUGAAAGGUUUCCGCGAGAAUUUUGUUUACUAGGUUAUGCAACGCCAACCUCGUCUGUAUCUGCAUUUUGCAGGGCUACGUUACGAAAGUUGAUUCCGCGAGAGUUUUUUGGCGAAGGCCAGGAUGGUAUAUCAAACGAGCGGAAGCUGAUGCAUCAAGUGGACCGGUUCAUCAGAAUAAGUCGAUUUGAAAGUCUUUCACUUCAUGAGGCUUGCAACGGAUUCAAGAUCACUUCUUUACGCUGGCUGGAACCACCAUCUUGUCCGUCUUCCAACGGCGAGCAUAUCGCUCUGUCUGAUCUACGUAAACGAACCGAGAUCCUUCACGAAUUCAUGUAUUACAUUUUCGACUCCUUACUCAUACCCCUGGUCCGCACCAAUUUCUACGUGACGGAGUCCCAAGUGCACAAGAACAGAUUGUACUAUUUCCGGCAUGAUGUAUGGCGACUCUUGAUUGAAAAGCCCCUCGUUGAUAUGAAAUCUUCAAUGUUCGAAGAAAUUAAACGCGACAAAGUUAGCCGUGUACUAAAGUCCAAAAAAUUAUCAUGGAGUUCUGUGCGAUUGCUGCCAAAAGCUUCCGGUGCCCGUCCAAUCAUCAACCUUCGACGACGAGUUGCAAAACAUAUUGGCAACCAUUCAUAUCUAGGCCCUAGCACCAACUCCACCAUAACUCCUGUUUUUAAUAUGCUUUCUUACGAGAAGGAUCGCAAUCCUGAGUUACUCGGCUCGUCGAUGUUUUCAGUCAACGACAUGUAUCCGCGGUUAAAAGCAUUCAAAGAUCGACUGAUGCGUUCUGGGUAUGAUAGCAGCAAUGGGCAGCUAUAUUUUGUCAAGUUGGAUAUCCAAUCAUGCUUUGAUACCAUUCCUCAGCACAGCCUGGUAAAGCUCAUCGAAAAUCUUGUCACUCAGGCUGUAUAUCAUAUCUCGAAACAUGUGGAGGUCAGACCAGGAGAUAGCAUCCAGAACAGUCGUGAUUUGUUACAAAAGUCCGGACCACAACAAAAGAUAGUAGCACGGCCAUUACGGAAAUACCUUAGCAAGGCUAAAGGUCUCAGCGAGAUACGAAAGCAGACCUCUGGUUUCAAAGAUGACAAGCCUUUGCGCAGAAACACAAUUCAGGUAGAUACAGCAACGUUCAAGAAUCACCAGGUCGACGCGCUUCUGGAUUUACUGAGUGAACAUGUUCGGAAAAAUCUUGUUAAAAUUGGAAAGAAAUACUUUCGCCAGAAGAAUGGAAUUCCUCAAGGAUCUGUUUUGUCUAGCUUGCUUUGCAAUUUCUUCUAUGGGCAACUGGAGCGGGAAGUGCUAGGUUUUCUCAAAGACGACGAAACACUUUUGCUACGACUUAUUGACGAUUUCUUAUUGAUAACAACUCGACCAAAGCUUGCCAAGAAAUUCCUCCAGAUAAUGCUGGAUGGUCAACCAGAAUAUGGCAUCACAGUCAAUGCUAGCAAGAGUCUUGUCAAUUUCGAAGCGACUAUUAACGGGACAAAGAUGCCACGUCUGGAGGGGAGUUCUAGUUUUCCAUACUGUGGAAAUCUUAUCGACACACAUACACUCGAUAUACGUAAAGAUCGAGACUAUAGUCGUGGUGGUGAGGUAGAUGUUGCAGACACAUUAACGGUUGAGUCCAGUCGAAUCCCUGGACAAGCUUUUCAUCGCAAAGUUUUGUCUUCGUUUCGACUUCAGACUCAUAGCAUGUUUCUGGAUACGCAGCAUAACAAUCUCCGAACUGUUUUGAUGGGUAUCUAUUCGAAUUUUGUGGAGACGGCGAUCAAGAUGUAUCGAUAUAUCAAGACAUUGUUACCACGUCAACGUCCUUCGUCAGGGCUCGUGCUUCAAACGAUUCGAGACACGAUCCAGUUUGCGAAGAAAUUGAUUCAGUCCAAGCGACGUAUGACAUUAACAAUCACUAAAACAUUUGAUGAUAUGGACAAAGGCAUAAAUGAGCCUCAAACCGAUCUCAAAUUCCAGUGCGCCGUGUCACCGGCUCAGAUAGAGUACUUGGGUGCAGCUGCUUUUCGACAUAUCCUGUCUCGAAAACAAACAAACUACGCGUCCACGCUACAAGGACUGCAACAUAUCAUGCUGCGCAAUAAACCGCGCACAGAUAAAGACACGAUUCGCGCGCGGUGGAUAAUUAGAGAGGCCAAUAAAAUGUUUGAUAAUUGGCGGUAUUGA